UGUGAUAGUGCAGAUAGAGAUGUCUGGCCUGGAGCAAACACAAUCUAAACCUUGAGCUCCUCCCAGACCAAGGCCCAGGGCGUACCAGCCUCGAUUUGACUCUAGACUGUUCAGACAGAAAGAGGGCAGCGUGAGACCAGAUAGGAUAGGCCGGGCUGAGCCAAGCAGGGAUCUCCUAAGUGCUAGGGACAGGAUAAGCAGGUGAUGUCAUCCUUGAACAUCAGGACAGGCUUGGUAUGGAAAGAAUGUGGUUGAGGUUGCAUACUGUCCUGGACAAUCGAGCUCUCUACCUUGCAGGCCCUGUCUGGAUCUAUCUCUACCCAGAACUGGACCCUGAAUGGCUGGAGUCCCCCUCCUCUAUAUUUUUGUCAGUGUCUAUGACUUAUUUCCAGAGACUUAGGGGAUGCUGUUGGAGGGAUCCCCAAGCUGUCUCUCCCUCCCCCCUGUUUAGAGAUGCUUUCUGCUCUGUGGAGUACUGCCUUUGUUAUAUGCCUGCCAGGAGGCCCCAUGACACACUGGCUGCAGAGAGCACGUGGCUGCCACUCUGGCCUCUUUUAGAAAGUGGCACAUCCCUGGACACUACAGCAUUUGAGUAUCUAGUGGCAUCUGCCUGUAGUUAGAAGCAGGAGUCACUACAGUUUCUAGAAAGGGCUAGAAUAAGUCACUGGCACGUUCCAGUGGUGAUGUUUUCUCCUGCAGACUUGCUCAGAGCUGCGGUUCUCUCCAUGGGGCCUGAGGGUAGGGCCAGGAACUUGUUCUGUGGCCCAGAGCUAAGUCACAGGGAAGAUAGCAACGGCCCCACACAGGAGCAGUGUGGACCCCAGCAUGCACGUAGCCACGUUCUAGUCCAGGACUGCCUAGAUGGGCAGAUCUUGGGCCAGUUGCGCACCCUGUCAGAAGAGGAAGAAUCUUCUGGGGCUACAUUUCUUGGGGAGCCUGCCUUCCCUGAGAUGGAUUCAGAGGAUCUCCGUCUGGCUUCCUUCUACGACUGGCCAUCUACUGCUGGGAUUCAGCCUGAGCCAUUGGCUGCUGCUGGCUUCUUCCAUACAGGCCAGCAGGACAAGGUGAGGUGUUUCUUCUGCUAUGGGGGUCUGCAGAGCUGGGAACACGGGGAUGAUCCCUGGACAGAGCAUGCCCGAUGGUUCCCCAGGUGUCGGUUCCUGCUACAGUCAAAAGGAAGGGACUUUGUGGAAAGAAUCCAGGCCUGCACCCCCUUGCUUAGCUCCUGGAACCAAUGGGAAGAACCAGAAGAUACAAUCCCUGCCACCCCCUCAGAUACCAGAGGCAACCGGAACCAGAGCCCAGGUGUCCCCAGCACACCAGCUUCACAACUGAUGGCUGACUUGCUCCAGGAGGAUGAGGGCCAGAUGGCAAGGGCCAGAGCUCCUGCCCAUGGAGGCCCUGAGUUGCUCACAUCCAGAAGACAGACGCAGCCUGAAGAUGCCAGUGAGCCAGGAGCUGGGGAUGUGCAGGAACAGCUGCGGCAGCUGCAGGAGGAGAGAACAUGCAAGGUGUGCCUGGACCGAGCUGUAUCUGUAGUCUUCGUGCCCUGUGGCCACUUAGUCUGCACUGAGUGUGCCCCCAACCUGCAGGUGUGCCCCAUCUGCAGGGUGCCUAUCUGUAGCUGCGUACGCACCUUCCUGUCCUAAACCAGGUACUGCACUGCAGAAUGGGUACCCUGCCGGCCUCAACCUGUCCCAGACCAUACAGUGGGUCUGCUGGGGACACUCAGUAUCUACCACAAACGUAGUACAGCAUGGAGCAAGAGUUCCUGGUUGGUGUGAGGAGUGGUUCUGUUGUAGCUUUUGGGAUCUAUCUGAAGAUAAUAAAAUAGAAGAUCUCACCUCAGUGCUCAGCUAGGCUCCGUCUCAUAUGUCCACUGCCAUGUCUACUAGUCCAUGUUGAGCUGGUCUCUGC